CCCGUUCAGGGAGCGGUUCGUUCGUAUGGUGCGAAGUGCAAAAUCGGUGGGCGGCGUGCCAGCGCAACAAAAUGAAACGAAACGCUUGAGGUCGGCAGCGGCGGCGGACGGUGGUAAUUAGGUCUUUUGACUGACGACAUGUUGGCAGGCCGUGCAUCCCGGCAGGGACCAGGCGGCAAAAGAGAGUGGAAGCUGCACCGCCUCCUCCUGGCAGCCGUUUGUGACCUUCCCGUUAGCUACCGUAGACUAGACUUUACACUACUAUCCUUCUCUUCCAGGGCGCACAGCAGCCAGCCAUCCUCAGCCAUCCCCAAUCACAACGGCCGGCCUAAUCGACGACCCAGCUUCCCCUGUCCUGGCCCGUCCCCGCAACGCGCAAAUCACCACAGAUCAAAUCAGGGUCCAUCGCUCCGAGCAAAGCAGCAGUCGCCAGUCCACCCACACACACCUGCCGCCGUCACCUUAGUUGACCCCCCGCCCAUCUCACACCACCCGCGCCGUCGCCGCCCGCCCCGACGCCCUACGAAUAAUAACUCUUGCUUCUGCCGCACGACCGCGUCCCGCGAAACGCCCUCCCGCACCUCCAACCGCGCCACACCCACACACAACCCGCGUCCACCAUGCCCUCCAAAACCCCCACAUUCGCUCCGCUUGAGUUCAAGCCCAUCGACUUCUCCCUGACCGCCGGAACCGACAUUCCCGCUCCGCCCGAGUCGCCGCCCGCCACCCCAGGUCGCCCGCCCACCGAAGGCCGCGGCCCUCUCUCCUCGCAUCCCACGUCGCCCCAGGAAACGCCGCCGCUCAAUGUCCCUGGCGGCUUCCCCACCUCCGCUACGCCCUCGCCGGCCCCCAUCGUCUCGAAUCCCAUAGAAGAGACGUUGAUGAAAAAGGUCCGCACCGACGGCGCCAACUCGACCGCGACCACCGUCACCGCCAACUCUACCACUACUAACGGUGACACAACAACCACAACCACCACACCUGCAGGGGCUACUGCAGCUGCGGCCCCAACUUCCGCCCCC